AUGCCGCCCCCCACGCCGUCGACCGAGGAGCUCUUCCGCCCGCCGGUUCUUCGCCCGUUCUCCGGGACACUCGACCGGUCCCUCUUCUCCAAGACGAUCCCGCUCGCAGCUGCGACAGUGAGCAGCAAUCAGAACAUUGCACGAUAUAGGCGCGAGCUCGAAAAGGCCAAAGAAAUCCUGUGCGUCGAUCGAAUCAACGCCAUCGCCGCGCAUCCAGAUCCGGUCCUGGCGUCGCAAGGCAAGAAAUGCCUGCUGCUCGACCCCAGCGCCAAACCGACACAGCCGGAGACAUGGGGCGCUGUGCUUAAGGGUGGCGUUGAGAAGGAUGAGCUCGGCGUCAUUCCAUAUGAGCUGAAGCUCGAUUAUUCGUACUAUGGCUUCUUGGACGUAAUCACGUCGAUCCUGCCCGAGGAGCUGCACGACGAGAUCCCCUCCGGCUUCAACGCCGCCGGCCACGUUGCGCACCUGAAUCUACGGGAGCCAUACUGGCCUUACAAGGCGCUGAUUGGCGAGAUCCUCGUAGACAAGAACGCCCACAUCCGCACAGUGAUCAACAAAGUCGACAAUGUCGGCACUGAGUCUGAAUUCCGGACUUUUGCGUACGAAGUACUCGCCGGCCCAGACGACAUGGACGUUGAGGUCCGCGAGAAUGACUGCGCCUUUCACUUUGACUACAGCAAGGUUUACUGGAACAGCAAGCUCGAAAAGGAACACACCCGGCUUAUCGGCAUGUUCAAACCCGGCGAGGUGGUAUGCGAUGUCAUGGCUGGAAUUGGGCCUUUUGCCGUGCCCGCUGGCAAGAAGGGCGUGUUUGUGUGGGCUAAUGACAUGAACCCGGAAAGUCACAAAUAUCUCACCGAGGCCAUCAAGCGAAACAAGGUUGGGCAAUACGUUCGGCCCUUCAACAGCGAUGGGCGCAAAUUCAUCCACGAGGCGGCAGACUCCGUCCAUGCUGCCGCGACGGCCGGUGAGCACGCCGUCAUACAGAAGAAAGCCCGCCGUCAUCGUCAAGACAACGGUGCGACUGAGAAGGAGCUUCCGCCCCCUGAAAAGGUCCCAAUACCACCAACCAUCGCACAUUUCGUUAUGAAUCUUCCCGCAUCGGCCUACACCUUCGUACACCAUUACCGUGGGAUCUAUGCCGGUAAAGAGGACCUCUUCGUGCCUCACACAAGCACGAAACUACCCCUGGUUCACGUGCACUGUUUUGCUCUAAAGAGCGACGACGAGGUGCCGUUAUUGGACAUCUGCGAGCGCCUGACCAAUGAGCUUGGUGUCAAAAUGGUGCCAGGAGAUGCCGAUAAUUAUGGCGAAGCCAGUAUACACAAUGUCCGGGACGUGGCUCCGGCCAAGCGGAUGUUCUGUGCAACAUUCAGGCUCCCUCCCGAGGUUGCCUUUGCCCCACGGACGUAA